AUGGCGACCAAGAACGGCUUCCUGCCGUUGGAGACGCCUCGUGAUUUCGCACAAUCCUCCAUUUCUCGUUGUCUUCGUCAUGGAAAACUCCUACUGGGUACCCUUUUGUUAGCAGCAGGCAUAGUGAUGCUAAUUCAAACUAAAUACCUCGCCAAUAUCACUAGUUCUGGUCGAGAGACCUUUUACGAAGGGCUGAACAAAUGCCAUGAAGCUAGGUAUCAGUAUGAGGCACCUCAAUCAACAGAGGAUCGGGAAAACCCACGGUGGAACUCAAUCUCCGGCCAGAAGACACCAGUCCUGAUCCAAAAUGCAACGCUGUUCGACGGCCAGUCCGUCCUUGCAGAGGCAGUCGAUAUCACAUUUGAGGCAGGCGUUAUUCGUUCUGUAUCAGCUGCAAAUUUGAACCGCCAAGCCCCCAAGUAUGCUCAAACUAUCAACGCCCAAGGAAGAUUUGUCACCCCUGGCUUGGUGGAUAUGCAUUCGCAUCAUUUGUUACUCCCAUUCCCCCACCUUCCAUCUACCAGCGACGUCAACGAGCGCCCGGUCCUAGGACCCAUCACUCCGUUUGUUCGCUCGUUGGAUGGAUUCAAGCCAUAUGACCCAGCGAUCCAGAUCAUCGCAUCGGGUGGUGUCACUUCUUCCUUGAUUCUACCAGGGUCGGCAAAUAUUGUCGGUGGCGAGGCAUAUCUAGUAAAGAACUUGGCAACGCCAGGCCCAAAUGCCGAGCCGGUCGUCGAGGAAUUACUGCUUGAUUAUGGCAUCGCGGAAAAAGACCGAAGGAGAUACUUGAAAAUGGCAUGCGGGGAGAACCCCAAGCGCAACUAUAAGAACACCCGGAUGGGUCUAGUGUGGCUUUUGCGCAAGCAUCUCGCGGCAGCAAAGGAGCUGCAAGAGCGCCAAUCUGCCUGGUGCCGGACGGCUGCUAAUAUUGACAAAACUGGCUUUUCCCAAUCUCGACGAAUUUCACAGUUCUUGAAAGAUGAAGGGAGACGACCGGAAUCCUUUGAGCUUGAAACUUCUCUUGCACUUCUCCGAGGCGAGCUCAAUGUCAAUGUGCACUGUUACGAACCGGAGGAUCUUGAGCGCAUGUUGUCAGUGCUUCAUGAAUUUGGCAUCCAUCCCAGUGCUUUCCACCAUGCGCUAGAAGCGUGGGAAGUGCCUGAAUUGUUAAAAUCCCUAGAGGAAAACAUCACUAUUGCCACUUUUGCAGAGAAUGCGCUUUACAAAGCAGAGGCAUAUGGGGCCAAUUUACGGGGGCCUAAGAUUUUGGCUGAUCAUGGUGUCCAAGUUGCACUGAAGUCGGAUCAUACUGGGGAGGGAAACUAUGCAAAGUACCUUGUUUACCAAGCAGCAGUUUCUCAUUCGUUUGGCUUGUCUGAAGAAAAGUCUCUUCAAGCCGUGACAUCUGUCCCUGCUAGAUCAAUCCAACAAGAUCAUAGAAUUGGAUAUGUCCGUCCAGGAUAUGAUGCAGACAUCGUCAUUUGGGAUGAUCACCCGCUCCAAGUUGGUGCAACUCCAACUCACGUAUUCAUUGAUGGUCGGCCUGUUCUGAAGAAAGAUGAUAAUUCUCGCGAAUGGACUGCUGGAAGAUCUGGCUCUGGGAAACCAGAGGCUCCCCAAAUCCGACCAUCUCUUGAAAUAGGUCAGACGGAAGAUACAUGCAACAAAGUUCAGCAAUUUGGUUCACGGAUUCUGUUUACUGGCAUUCAGAAAGCCUUGGUUGAUACACACGGUCCAUCUACUAGUGGCACUAGCGACCUGGUUAUGCUGGUUGAAGAUGGUCAAGUCAAGUGUCUUGAUAAGAGAUCCUCAUGUCUCUCCGGUGAGAUUCAGGAAAAUACCGCACAUAUCGCUUUGAAGAACGGUCACGUUCUGCCUGGGCUUGUAGCCUUCGGCAACACACUCGGAAUCCAAUCCAUCCCAUCUGAACCCUCAACUGGGGAUGGAUCGGGUUCGAAAAACGGGGAUGCACUCAACGAAAAGAAGUCACUUCACUUUGCCAAGUACGGCGUACAUCUUGAUAGCAGAGGACUCGCGAGAGCCAGGAUUGGAGGCGUCACGCGAGCCAUCACUGCCCCUCUCCAUAGUGGCGGCGUUGUACAAGGUGUCAGUGUUGGAUUACGCACGAGCGUGAAUGCCACAAUUCUUGAUAAUGGUAUCUGGGAGGAUGAUGUGGCACUCCAUCUCGUGAUAGGUCAGGAAGCUAAAAGUGAUGAGACACCAACUGUCUCUUCUGGGGUUGAGCGACUGCGUCAGUUGCUUCAGGCUGGCGAGGAUACCGCACCCGGGAGCUUGGGCAUUUAUGCUCGGGCUGCUAACGGCUCACUCCCUGUGGUUGUACAGGCAUUUAAUGAGGAUGAUAUUGCGCAAUUGAUCCUGGUCAAGCGUCGGUUCCGAUCUGUCAACCUGAUCAUACACGGCGGCCACAGUGCUCCAUUAGUUGCCAAGCCUCUCGCUGAAGCAGGAAUUCCUGUCAUCCUCACUGGUAACCGCGGUGCCCCUGAUACUUGGGAGAAGAAGAAUGCCCUCACAGGGCCCCCACUUACGGAGAGCCCUGCUAAAAUCUUAUCCGACGCCGGUGUUUUGCUUGGCCUAGCUGUGAGAAGUGAUUCAAAUAUCCAUGGUUUGGCACAAGAAGCUUGGUGGGCUGGCAAGUAUGCCGGUCUAAGUGAUCAGCAGGCCAUUGCACUUGUUUCAACCAAUUUUGAUAUUAUCCUUGGAGGUCAAUCGAAGAAGGUCGAAGGGCGAGCAUUGGCUGGGGACUUUGUCGUCUGGGAAGGUGAUCCCCUGAGAGGAGAGGGUUCUGUUGUUGCUUCUUUCCAAAACGACGGGAAGAUUGCCGAUUGCUGGCCCGAUACCGUUCAUGCUAUUUUGUGA